UCCGGUGUCGGUCCUGGAAUUGUGGAGAUGUAUUAUGUUAGUUGCUCGCAGCCAUUUGCUCUCCAGGACCGUUGGGCAUCCGCGAAUUUUGAUGGGUGCCGGGAGGAACUGGCAAGCGCGAUGGACGACAUUGCAUGCGCUGCAGCGGCCAGUCGCCUCCUCGAGCGCACAAGCGUGAUAUCGCCGUACAGAAAAAGUAACGGAGCAGACGGCGAUAUGAAGGGUACCGAUGAAUCGGCCAGAGACAACAGGGAUAACGAUAUUGUUGUUUGUUAA